AUGGCUACUAAUACAAACAAAAAACGAGGUGAGAAUUUCUCACCAGAGGAGACACUAUUUCUAGUGGAACUAGUUGAAGAACAUUUAAGUUUGCUCAAGUCUAAACAGACAAACCAAGUUACUAAUGCUAAAAAAGCUGCUGUGUGGCGACAUAUUACGGACGCUGUCAAUUCCAGAGGGUCGGGGGUAGUGCGUUCGAUAGACCAGGUAAAGGAAAAAUAUAGAAAGGCCUGCUCGAAGGCAAAAGUGGAGAAACACCUCCAGAAGACUCACCGUGUCAAAACCGGGGGCGGUCCGCCUCCUCAGCCAAUUGAUCCGGUGUCGCAAAAAAUAUUAGAUAUCCACCACGAUUCCCCCAACUUUAUUGGGAUCGGGGGAGGAGUUGAGGUCGGAGGCCUCAUAAUCCAAGAAGUACCAGCUAUACCUACAUGUAUGUUAGAGAAAGCUGAAAGUUCAGGUUUUCAAACCAUCAAUGAAGAGACAGUCACCUUUGAAGGCCAAGGUAGUACAGAGACAAUUCUUCAACUCCCAGAAAAUUUGGAAGGGACAUCUGUAACAUAUGAUGUUACAUUAUCAAGUUCUGGGACCUUGAUCAGCUCAAAGAAUAAUGAAACAGGUAAAACAAAGAAGAGGAAAAUUGGUCAGGAAAGUCUGCAAGAUCUUCAGAAAAGUGUAUUGAGAGAGGAUAGGGAGAGGAUCUUGCUAAUGAAAGAACUUAUUAUAUUGCAGAAAGAAAAAGUUGCAUUAGAAAUUAAAAAACUGCAGAUGGAAUUACCAUCUAAGCCAACAGAAAAUGAGAUGUAGUAUAUUAAGUGGCUCGACACACAGUAAAAUUCACCUGUAGUAAGCUAUUCUGAUCAUGUUGUCUGUCAUCUGUUUGUCUGUAAAAUUGCCACAUGUAUAUAUAUAUAUAUGUUAGUCAUAUUGGUGUUGCUGGAUCUCUUUGUUAUGUGAAUUCAUUUUCAGUUAUGUUGUGAUCCUCUGGGGCUAGGUUAAGGGCACAAUAUGGGGGUAAAAAUGUUAUGGGAAUAAAUAUUGAUGAAAAAAAGUUUUUUGAAAAUCACAACAGGUAAACAAUGACAGGUUGAAGGUGAAUCAGGUGAGCAAUGAGGCCCAUGGGAUACCUCACUUGGGGGUGGAGUUAAAAGUAGCAAUUAUACUGACUAUAAUUAAAAAUAAUUUUGAACAAUG